AAAAUUCUAAUUUAAUAGACGAGAUGCCCAUGAACUUUUGGGGGCACAACGAGGAAGAUAUGCUCGGUGUUUCGUAUAAAUACCAGAGGAUAACCAGAUUUUGGUAUUCUGUUCUCGAAGUCAGAUCAACCAACACAUCUUCAACAUGAAACAAAUGCUGGUUCUCGCUGCCCUUGUGGCUUUCGCCGCUGCUGACGUCAGCCACCUUUUCAACAAACAACCCUUCCGCCCCCAAGCCAGGUUGCCAACUCCCUCUGCUGGAUCAGAUGCCGCCGCCAAUAUCCUCAGGGCUGACUCAAACAUCAACCCCGACGGUAGCUACACCUAUGGCUUCGAAUCUGACAACGGAAUCGCCGCCCAAGUACAAGGACAAUUGAAACAAAUCGGUGCUGAAUUCGGAAACGUAGCUCAGGGUAGCUUCAGCUUCACUUCCGCCGAAGGUGUACCAGUCUCCGUACAAUACGUAGCUGACGAAAAUGGAUUCCAACCUCAAUCCGAUGUCCUCCCAACUCCUCCUCCAGUACCACAAGCUAUCUUGAGGUCUCUGGAAUACAUCGCCGCCCAUCCCCAAGCUGAAGAAGGAGUCGUAAGGACCUUCCAAAAGCCCGUUUUCCAGCUUUUAGGUUAAAUGGAAUUUGAUUUUAUAUUGUUGUCCUCUGUUUAUACUGUUAUGUAAAUAAAAUAUCUUUUUGGAAA